AAAAUGUGUAGCUCGUUAGUCCAUAGAAUUUGUUGUUAGAAAUCCACUGAUCAAAAUGAAAUUAUUCGUAAUUUUUGUGGUUUUAGCAAUUGGUGCCUGUCAAGCACGGCAUGUACUAGAAAAAAGAAGUGAGCCUUCACAUGCGAGAAAAGAGGUGAGGAGGUAUGAAUUUUUUAAAAAUAGUAAGGAUAUAAUAAUAGCUGCUUGUAAAGCCAACGGCUUGACCAAAGACGCUGAGAUAAAACUAGACAAAGAAUUCGAUGAAUCAGAAGUAUGCGUUUCAAAAAAACCAAUAUUCAGUGUCCCACAAGAAGAAUUCAUCCAAAACAUGAAUGAUUGUAACAAAGAACUUUUGACACUUAUAAGAAAUUGUUUAAAGGAAAAUGAAAAGUUCUACCCUGAUUACAUGUUGCAGUUGCGUAAUUCUUUCACAACAUUUUUGUAUGCAGGAAAGGACGUUUUAGAGUCUAAUGAAUUCAAGGCUUGUGCUCAAAAAAUGGAAGAACCAGCUGCGACCAAAACAAUGGAUACAUGUGUCGAAAGAGCUGCUCAGGAAAGCCAUGCCUCGGCUGGACUUCCUCAAAGUAAAUCGGAAGCUUGCGAGACCAUGGAUAAAAUCAGUCAAUGCUAUUCAAAAGUAAUUGGUCAGUACUGCGAAAGCAACGACAAUGUGAAUAAGUUUUUGCAACUAAAUGUCGCUGCCAUCACUUCACCUUGUAAAAAAAAUGUUUGAAGUAAUCUUUCAAAAUUAUAAUCAUUAUAUUCCAUGAAUUCAAAAAAUCUCAGUUUUAUCAACUUAUAGACUUACAAAUAAAUGUAAUUGAAGCUCAAAA